UGGGCUAAAAAGGUGGGGAAGGACUGUUUUAUUAAUUUUUUUCUUCUGCUACAGUUGAUCACCAAUACCUGAGCGGAGGCCGAUGCAGAGCGGCGAGCUUAUGAGCGCGUAGGAGUCCAAGGCAGUAGUGGUCAAGGCCAUGGAGGACCAGAAGGCCCAGAAUCAGGGGUGUCCGGAGCCCACAGCUCCUCCGCUUCCGCCACCUUCACCUCCACCGACGGAUCCACCAGAAUACCCAAGACCGAGGCUCAUCUUCCACACCCAGCUGGCUCAUGGGAGCCCGACGGGGCGCAUCCAUGGAUUCACCAACGUCAAGGAGCUGUAUGCCAAGAUUGCAGAGGUGUUCAACAUCUCCGCCUCAGAGAUUCUUUUCUGUACCCUGAACUCCCAUAAAGUGGACAUGCAGAAGCUGCUGGGGGGACAGAUUGGACUGGAGGACUUCAUCUUCGCUCACAUCCGAGGGGAGACGAAAGAAGUGGAGGUGACAAAGACAGAAGAUGCUUUGGGUCUCACCAUCACAGACAACGGAGCUGGAUAUGCUUUCAUUAAGAGAAUAAAAGAAAGCAGCACUAUAGACCGGCUGAAGACGGUAUGCGUUGGUGACCAUAUUGAGGCUAUAAAUGACCAGAGCAUUGUGGGAUGUCGACACUAUGAGGUGGCAAAGAUGCUAAAAGAGCAACCAAGAGGCAUUCCCUUCACCCUCCGUCUUGUGGAGCCAAAGAAAGCCUUUGACAUGAUUGGAAUGAGGACCAGGGCGCCGAAAUCUAAUGAGGGCAAGCUGGUGAACGGGAGAGAGACACUUCGACUGCGCUCCAAGGGUGCUGCUACAGUUCAGGAAGUGAAUGAGUUUGAAGAACAGGCCACCAGGAAAGUAGACGACCUGCUGGAGAGUUACAUGGGCAUCAGAGACCUCGAGCUGGCGACCACCAUUGUGGAAGCGGGCAAAGACAAGAAGAGCCCUGAYGACUUUGCUGAGGCGCUGGACUCGGCUUUGGGAGACUUUGGCUUCCCUGAUGUGUUUUUGUUUGAUGUAUGGGGAGCUAUUAGGGGUGUGAAAAAUGGCAAAAUGUAGAGCUUCGUGGAAAAAGAGAGGAUUAGCUCUGUGUUCUGGUUCAGCCAGUUGUAUAAAAGCAACAUGUAUAAUUGUUUAAAUAGYCCCUUUAUUUGAGCAAUUUUCCUUCAUGACUUCCUGAAACAGACCAUCACUCUAAAUGCUGGAUGUGAAAUUUGUUACUUCUUCUAAAUGCAUUUUUUUUUCAUGUUUGAUUAAAGGUAAAAUGCUCACAAAAAGCCUGAAAUCUUUGGAGUCACUUCAGCAGAGGACAUCUGUGAAGCAUGUGGGAAUGUAAAAAGUUACACAAGCAGCAGUAAACAGUUUCUUUAAUCAAAACCUGCUGGGAAAAAAAAAGACAAGGCAGAGACAUUUUUUUGGGGUAUCUUCAAAGUCCAAAUGGAUUAGUGCACUUCAAAGGUAAGCAGAAAUGUGUUUGCGUCACCGGACAAAAAUGGCACCUUUAAACAUUCUGAGGGGAAAGGAGAGAUCCUCUCAUCUUCCUGAUUGUGUUUUCAUGUUUUUGCAGAUCUGAUAGAGACAGAAUUUGGCCAGUUGCAAAUAUUUCCAGKCUAKAUAAAUUAAUCCCUCCAAGGACAAUAGCUAGUAUUGAAUGCUUUAAGCAGCUGUCAAGCAUCUAAAAAGUGGUUUAUGUUUUGUUGAUUGUAAACUGUUUUUAGCAGAUUGGUGCAUCACAGGGAGAAAGAGCUGCAAUAAGGACUCACUUUUUCAAUUCUUAAUUUUGAAUGCCUUUCUCCACAUUACCUCAUCUUAACAUGUGGCAAAUCAUUUUAUGUAUUAUUAGAACAAACACAUCAUAGUAUCUAUAUUAGACAGCUUAGAUCGUCGAAGCCCUGAAGUCUUAAUCAAAACUUGAAAGAAAGUUUGUACUGCACAUGGGGAACAAAAUUAGACCAAAGGGCUUUUUCCACAGCUAAACAAUGCAGUCCUGCAAAAUAAAUUAUCCUUUACGGUCACUGCCAAACAGGAACUGUGUCCUGUCUGUGCUUCUCAUGAUGAAAAAUGUAUCUGCCUGAACUCUGCAGUAACCCAGCCUGGUCCGAAUCAUSCACUUGUCAAAGGACUUUGCUACAAUUAUUCACACUUAAGUUUUUUUUACUGUUUUUUUUAAUAUUACCUUUUUUUUUUUACUAGCACACAAACAUUUUAUGACCCAUGUAAAAAUGCUGGGACGAGUAUCUAGAUGUGACAAAUUACACAAUAUAUCAAAAGUUUCACAGCAAAUGUAAAAAGAAGAAAAAUUAUUCUUUAAGCAAAUAUACUGUUUACUGAGAGGACCAAAACAAGCUGUAAUACAAAACAUAACUUUUAACAUUGUAGUAAAACAAAGUGCUUUACAUACGGAAGCCGAGAGCGGACAGAUAAUAUUUUUUCCAUGCUCAUCGUUAUUUCAUAAUAACGACACAUGCUGGUUUUCUUGUGAUCACA